GACCUUUAACUAACCUAUGCACCGUUAUCUGAUCUCAUUUAUUCACAUUUACUUCAUAGAUUUUAUUCUUUUUUUUAUUAUCUGACUUCAACCUUUCUUAAUCUUAUUUUUUUCCCGACCAGCUCUUCUUCUCUGCUAUACUCCACAUCUCUCGGUAAUCAUUUUACCCUCUCUUUCACCACCCCAGUCUCUUUCAUUUUCUACAUUUUCCUGUGGAGACUCAUGAACGGCUCUUACCAUCACAUGCUCCUGUGGGACAGCUCUAUGAUCAACCACACAGCAGAGUACGAGAAUGGGAGCAUGUUGCUGUGGCUCUCGAACAGCAGUGUCGCUCCUCCCCCGUCAGGUCCGCCAGGUCUGUCAGGUACGUCAGGGGCGCUGUGCCAGCAGGUUCAGAUACAGGCUGAAGUUUUCCUUGCACUUGGGAUCAUCAGCCUUCUGGAGAACAUCUUGGUCAUUUCUGCAGUGGUGAAAAACAAGAAUCUCCAUUCGCCCAUGUAUUUCUUUCUCUGCAGCCUGGCAGCGGCAGACAUGCUGGUGAGUGUCUCCAAUUCCUUGGAGACGAUUGUGAUCGCCGUUCUCAGAAGCAAUCUCCUCAAACUCAGCGACUAUUUUGUGCGUUUGAUGGAUAAUAUUUUUGAUUCCAUGAUUUGUAUCUCUCUGGUAGCAUCCAUAUGUAACCUCCUGGCUAUCGCAGUUGACCGAUAUGUCACCAUAUUCUAUGCAUUACGCUAUCACAGCAUUGUAACUGCACACCGUGCAUUAAGUGCCAUUGGAACCAUAUGGCUCACCUGCAUCAUCUGUGGCAUUGUCUUCAUUGUAUACUCUGAGAGCAAGAUGGUCAUUAUUUGUCUAAUUACAAUGUUCUUUACAAUGCUGGCACUGAUGGCAACACUCUACGUUCACAUGUUUUUGCUUGCCCGACUCCAUGUCCAACGCAUUGCUGCAUUACCAGCUGCAGCGGCUGCUGCUGGUGACCCGGCACCACGGCAUUGCAGCUGCUUAAAGGGAGCAGUGACUAUCACCAUCCUCUUGGGGGUGUUUGUGUGCUGCUGGGCACCCUUCUUCCUCCACCUCAUCCUCCUAGUGGCAUGCCCACGCCACCCACUCUGCCUGUGUUACAUGUCACACUUCACCACCUACCUGGUGCUCAUCAUGUGUAACUCAGUCAUCGACCCCAUCAUCUAUGCUUUCCGAAGCCUGGAGAUGAGAAAGACCUUUAGAGAAAUCCUCUGCUGCUUUGGUGCAGGAUGCCCAGCUCCAGCCUGCGAGCGAGAACGAGAGAUGAACACGGAGAGACCAAGGGAGAGAGAACGGGAGAAGGAGAGUGAGACAGAGUGA